AUGGAUGAGCGAGAAAAGUCGCACUGCAAAAAUGCUUCUACUUCUCAAGAUAGUUUAAAAAUGGAAAUAAUAGAAGAUGGAAAUUGGAUGAAUGUUAAAACAAUUCAACAAGAUGAGCCAAUAGCUCAUUCAUCAACACUUGAUAAAAAUGAUAAAGAUGCUGUCAUAUCUUAUUCAACAAAUCGUGAAAAAGUUUAUCAUAAAAACGCAGGAACUAUUGAAGAGAUACAUGUUCUGGAAAGUUCAGGUAGAACUACCAGAGAUUUUGCCGAAGAGCAUUGGUCAUCGGAAAUUAAAUCAUAUGUAAUGCCUGAACCACCUAAAUUUAUACAGGUAAUUAAAGCAUUUCGAGUAUUAGCCACUGAUACAUUAACACUUGUUGUUGAAGUACAAAGUGAUCCACCAGCAAUUUUUGAAUGGUUUUGUAAUGAUAGACCAAUACAACAAAAUCGGCGCAAAUUUAAGGCACGUCAUGGAAUUAACAUUACCACUCUGACCGUUGAGGGCCCGGAACAGGGUGUGUAUAAAUGUACUGCACGGAAUCCGGUUGGCAUAUCCACUACAUAUGGCUAUGUUACUGUCAAUGCUCCACCAUCAUACAAAACAUGGUUAGAGCAAACACAUGAAGUUAAUGAAGAAAUGAAUAUGGAAAUUAUCGAUAAAGAAAACAUCCAAACAUCGACUGAUAUUCCACCCAAAUUUAUCCAACAAAUACCAAAUUUAACAUUACGACCUGGUACUGAAGCACUUAUUGAUGUUGAAGUGGAAGCAUCGCCACCAGCCAAAUUUACUUGGUACGUGAACGGUGUCCAGUUUCGUGAUACGGUGGGACAGAUCGAAGUUUAUUAUCCGGUAGCUAAUCGUUGUAUUGCUCGAUUUCCAAUUCCUCAAAAGGGUGAAUACAAAGUAAUUGCGGAAAAUAGAGCCGGUAAAGAGCACAGCAUCGGAUAUAUUGAUAUCAAAAAUGAAGUUAUGCAUCAUCAAACACAAUUACCACCUCUACCAAAUGAUCAUAUCUAUCAUCAUUCAUCGUAUGCCGAAUCUGAGCAUCGUGAUAUACCAUUGUUACAAGGUCGAGGACGAGCAUCUUCAGUAAGUAGAAUAAUUGAUUAUUAUGAAGAAAGUAGCUAUUAUCAACGCUCGACAAGCUUACCUCGACAAAUUGAUUAUCCAUAUGAAAUUAAGAAAACAACGGAAAUCAUUCGAAAGCGAAAAGAUGACUCAGAACAAUUGCAACAACAACAACAACAACAACAACAACAACAAAGGAAGGAAGAGCAACAUCGUGAACAACAAUACUUAUCAUUAAAAGAAUUUGUUGAAACAAAAGAAGAGCAACUACUACAGCCUAUAAAACGUCGACGUUACAGUGAAACAACACAACAUUUGCUACCACAAAAACCAAUUUUUACUAGUAAAUUACCAGUUGAAAUUGCAAUUGGUUCAGAUGAUGAUUUGGUGCUCAAUGUUGAUUUUAAAGCAAUUCCAAGAGCAGAUGUGAAAUGGAAUGUAAAUGGAUUUGAAUUAAAAGAUUCAAAAAAAGUUACAAUAGUUAAUGAAAAUGAUCAUUCAACGCUUACCGUUCGAUCACCAAUUCGCUAUGGACGUUAUAAUGUGACAAUAAUGAAUGAAUAUGGUAUGAGUAAUCAAAGUACACGAGUUCAUUAUGAUGUGAACAGAGAAGAUGAAAAGAUGACUAAAGAACAAUCAUAUCAUUUGGAAUUGAAUAAACAACCGAUUGCUGCUACUAUUACUACCACUGGAUUAGUUGAUGGUUGGGAAUUGAUCGAUGAACAACAACGAUCGAGCAAAUCAGCUGAUUCAUUUGAAACUGUUAAAUAUGUGGAGACAGUUCGAGCAGCUACAGAAGGUUAUGAAACACCAACACCAACACCACGUGAUGAAGCGUUUGCUUCACGUCAAUCAUUUCAUUCAUCUACGUAUAACGUACGUCAAAAUGAAGAAAUUAUUGAUGGAAGAAGUACAAUUAAUUAUGAAACAUCAAAAAUUCCACCACAAUUACUACCAAAACCAAUAACACCUAUCAUUCAUGAACCGUUAGAGAGAGUAAAUGUUUCCGAAAUAUCACAUGCAUCACCUUACACAGAAAAACGAUACGAAGAAGUGACAAGUGGCAUUUCGAAAAUUAUUUAUGAAACACCGCAGGCAUUAUUGUUACCAUCGAAAUUUACUGAACCAAUGUUAGAUACAACAACAUUUACGGAACAGAAAUACGAGAAAGUUAAUGGUAUGGAAAACGGAUAUGAAAUCAUAAAUGAUAAUGUAUCAUCCACAAAAACAAAAUUACAAAAUGAAAUUGAUAUCGAAAAGAAAACAUUCCGUAUUCCAGUACCUCGUGUUCCGGAACCAAUUCCAAAAUAUCCAUUCAUUUUAAAGCAACCGAAGCCGGAAAUUCGUCUAAAAGCAGGUGAAAAGCUUGUGUUAGAAUCUAAAGUUGAAUCAUCACCACCAUCUCAAUUCAAAUGGUAUCAGAAUAACUUUGAAGUACGACCAUCAUCAUCAAUCAUUCUUGAAAGUCCAGCAGUGAACGAAAGUCGGGCUACAUUUUUGAAACCAAUUAGUGGUACUUAUAAAAUGGUUGCUUCCAAUAUUCAUGGUUCCUGUAGCAGUACAACCCGUGUGAUUACUGAAGUUACUGAAGAAUGGAUAACUGAGUCUACUGUUUCCGUGAUUCGAUCAGUGCCGGAGAAGCUAGAAUCAAAAUAUCAGCUUGUAAAAAGAUCUCAUAAAGGAACACGAGAUGAUUUACCCAAAGCUCCUCGAAUUGUGGAAGCUUUCGCUCCAAUUCUCAAAAUUGCCAAUAAUGAACCGCUCAUGUUACGUGUUACUGCAGAUGCAAUACCGGAAGCGGAAUUCCGCUGGAUGUUAAAUAAUUUCGAAGUAAGACCAAGUCAAACGGUUACUGUUGAACGCCUCGGAGUAAAUAUUUCACAAGCUACAUUCCAUAAUCCGAUAAGUGGACGAUACGAAGUGGUAGCUACAAAUUUAUUAGGUCAAGAUUCAUGCUCUGGGAAAGUAAUUGUUGAUUACGCAGAAGAGGCGCAAAUUGCCCCAAUUCAACCAAUCGUAAGACCAGUUAUUCCUAAAAUUCCUGUCUUUAUAAAAGCACUACCAGGUGAAACACAGUUAUAUCCUGAUGAACAAGAAUUCCGUCUUUCUGUAUCGGUACAUGGUGAGCAACCGAUUACAUUCCGUUGGUUUGCAGAUGGUAGUCUUUUGUCAAAUAGUGUCGAACAUCAAAUGAUUAAUGAUUUAGAAAACAGUACAUUAGUUGUACGUAAACAAACCGUAUGUGAUGUCGAUUAUGCGGUUGAAGUCUCCAAUACUUACGGAGCUGUAUGGUCUGAGACGACAGUAAGGCCACCGUCACCAACGACAUCUUUCACUGCUAGCAGUGCUACUUCAGUGGAAAGUUCAUUAGCAGAAGUGAAUGAUACACAACCAUCCUCACCACGUUAUACUAUCAUCUUAGCCGAUAAAGAUUUACAACAAAAUGAUGAAUUUACCGCACAUGUAGCUAUUAAUGUGGAAUCUAGUCCGUGUGAAUUUUUCUGGACUCUUAACGGACGUGAUAUCCGUACAAUUCCGGGAUUUCAUAUUGAAUCUACAUUUUAUGAAUCUACUAUUUACAUCAAAUCGAUGUUAUCAAAACAUUCUGGUGAAUUAUCAGUUGUAGCGAGUAACAAAUAUGGUACUGCAAGGUCAACAGCUAAAAUCAUCGUUCAUCCAUUACGUGAAAAAUCAUAUGAAUUUAUUUCGGAAAUAGAAACUAUACCAGCUGAACGACCACCACGAAUUGUUUUACCUUUACGACCUUUCGUUUUUCGAGCAGGUGAAUCACUGGAAUUACGUUGUCGUGUUGAUGGUUUGCCACGACCGGAAGUAUUCUGGACCAAAGAUGGAAUUCGUGUUGAUGAUGGAAUGGUAGAAAAAGAACUCAUCACUCUUCAAUAUCCGGAUGGCAGACAUGAAUUAAUUAAUCCGCACUGUGAACCGGAAGAUGCUGGUUUAUACCAGUUAACAGCACGUAAUAUCCAUGGAUCCACAAAUACUUCAGCUUAUAUUCACGUUGAAAGGAGAGAAACAGUAGAAACGACAACAACAGAAACGAGAAGUGAAAUUCAAGAAGUGAUUCAUCGAGGAGUAUCAAAGCCACGAUUCAGUAAUGUAAUAUCGAAACAGUAUGAGGAUGAUAUGAUUGUGAGUUGCAAGGUGAUAAGUGAAACACCAGUAGUGAUAUCGUGGUUUAAGGAUGGACAACGUCUCUAUCAAACUUACAAGUAUCGCAUGCAGAAAUUAUCUGAUAAUACGUAUACGCUUACAAUAUGCAAUGUUGACAAAUGGGAUGAAGGCUCAUAUACAUGCCGUGCUGAAAAUACAUAUGGUAGCUCAGAAACAAGCAUGUUUAUUCGACCUUUAGUUAAAACUCGAGAGAUAAGUGAGGAGAUAUUGGUUGAAGAAAAUGAUAGUGAAGUAAUUGGAUUGCAGGAUAAUAUUGGCUAUGUGAAGAAGAGAUACACCGAUACAACGGUUAAAGUAUCAGUAGAGCCUGAAGUAAGCGGUAGUCAAGAGGUAUAUAGUCAUACGGCGGAACUACGAAAAACUGAAGCUGAAUAUAAGCUAUUGGUAAAAGUUGCCGAAAUUGUUGCAAGUAAAUUAGUCGCUAAAGUAAUAAUCGAUGAAGCGAUAAAUGUAGCACUGAGACGAAUGAAUGUAGUAGCAAUUGAAUCUAGUGAAGAGGAAGAAUUUGAAUCAAUCAGUGAACAACAGCCAUGUCCACCAAGAUUUGAAACAAAUAUCGAAUGUUAUACAGUUGAUAUUGGUGAUGCUGUCGUGUUGCAUACUGAUAUUAGUGGAUAUCCUCAGCCAAAUGUUGAAUGGUAUUUUGGUGAGCAAAAACUUGAACAAUCUGAACAAAUCGAAGUGAAAUAUGUGAAUCAGCAAGCUAUAUUAACAAUUAAAAAUGUGCAAAAGAAACAUGAAGGCACUUAUUAUUGUCAUGCGGAAAACGAUUACGGAAAAACGGUUUUGCCAUGCAAUUUACGCGUGACUGAUACCGCCAUUGAUUGGUCCGAAUCCACGCAUAAAAUGAUUCGUUCUCCGCUGAUUUACACUUUAACAGAAACUGAAACGGAAGUAUCUUCAAAUGUUCAUGUCACUCACGCUGCCGAAUGCUACGAUCAUUAUUUCUCCACUAUUCAGCCAGAAACUUUUGCAUUGGGUUAUUCGUGUCUUGCAUCAACCAGUAAAAUUCACGAUGAUUCCGUAAUCAUAACACGUGAAUCGAUGCAAAAAAUGAUUGAAAGAGAGCAAGAAGUAACGGAAGUAAUGCUAAACGUAAAUGUUGAACGUACACCGUCAGUUUUCAAGCAUGAUGCACGUAUUUUACGAUCAACAGAUGAAAGCGUUACCAUAUGUCGACGUGAACCGCAAUCUACGAGAGCAGAAGAAGUAAUUCAAACUAAUGAUAUACUUUUGAUUGGUGAUCAACGUGUCCUGAAACAACAUCAAUCAGUGGUUAAUGCCAUAACAACAGUUGUGUUCGAGAAGCCAUCACAACGAGCUCUUCAUGAAAUUACCUGCUUAUACGAUGACAAGGCUUAUGUAAGCAAAGAGAAAGUUCAAGCUGUUAGUACAAUUGAUCUUAAAAGAAUUGAAAUUGUCAAUGAACUUAUCAGUACCAUUAUGGCUACAGAGGAAAAGUUCCGUGAAGCAUAUGCGGAAGCAAACGUUGACGUAAGAUGUCCGGAUGCCAUAUUUGAUCAUUUCAUAAAAAUUAUUGAAUCGGAACAGGAAAAUCUUAGCAUACAUUUGAUUGCACCGAUACUUGUAAAAAAUCUUGUAACUUCCGAUUUUCACUUGCAACAAAAAUCGGAAUCAUUGCAUGCAGAAUCAAUAUUUAUUGAAUAUCCAAGAAAGAAUGCUACAGCUGAACAAAGAAUUGUUAUACUUCAAAGUUCAUUCCAAAAAUUCAGUGAAGCUAUUACAUGGAACUUGAAAAAGAUUUCUAAAGAAACAACAGAAGAUGAUAUAACAGUAGCGCAUGCAACUAUUAAAGUAUAUAAACCGGAAGAGAUCGGUGAGUAUGUAACAACAGUUGUCGAUACGAGGAGAAUGGUUCCGGAAUUACUUGCUAUUGCUGCUGCAGCUAGCAAGCUUAAGCUUACCAGCGUUUUUGUAACAUUCACCAAGAAAGGAGAUGUGGCACAUCAAGCGCUUGUCAUCGAAUAUGAAAGUUUUGUGGAAGAUGAAGCAACUUUAAAUGUUGCUAUGCUUACUGCUCCUGGAUUUCAUUCAAAGCAGGAAAGUAUUUGGUCAUAUGAAAAGAAAUAUGAAAAAUCUGAGGAAACUGAAGCAAAUGUUAUAGCUGUUUUUGUGGAAGUUAAUGCUACAUGUCCAAAUCAGAUGAUUGAACUGAUAGCAUCAGUUAGUCUACCGCCAACGGUUCAUGAUAUUACGGAUGUAACUCAACCUUUACAACCUUUGGAACCAUCAUCUAUUUCAUGGUCCGAAUCAUCAUCCACAGGAUUAUUUCAAGUACCAAAAUUUAUCAAAACAUUGGAAAAUACAACAGCAAUAGUUGGACAAUGCCAUCAAUUCAAAUGUAUUGUUAGUGGUACACCAGCACCAGUGAUACGAUGGUAUGUAGAUGGCGACGUCAUCCAUAAUUCCGGCAUUUAUCAAAUUAUCUAUGAAGACGGUGUUUGCAUUCUGAAAAUUCGAGAAGUUGCGAUUGAAGAUGAAGGUGAAUAUACCUGUGAAGCAACCAAUGAUGCUGGUCAAGCGAUCACAAAAUGCUUCUUACAAACUAUCACUGAAGCUGAUGUUUUGAAAUACCAGCAACAGUCCAUAAUUGAAAAUAUAGCAUACAGCAACAAUGGCAGGAAUAACAACAACAAGAACGACAAUUGCGCAUUUGUGGAUAAUAUUAGUUCAUCUAGUAAUAUUGAUGGGAUAGUGUAUCAGAAUCGUAGUGAUAGUUGUAAUAGUUUAGUAGAGAUGAAUAGUAAUCAUCGGAAACAAUUUCUUAUAGUUAAUUAUGAGUUUGCUCGAAAUGAACCAGUAAGUGCUGAGACAGCGGUAAUUGUGACACGUUAUAUUGCGCCACAGAAAGGAUUGCUUACAAAUUUGGCAUCAGAGGAGCGAAGUUUUAAUAUUUCUGUUUUUUUGCCAGAUGCUGCAAUGAAGUGUGAUUUUAUUUGGGCAUUAAUUAAUUGCGCAACUGUUGCAUUGCAUUUGAAAUUAUCACAUCAAGCGAAUGAUUUUAUCAUUCAAAAUUUUCUAUCGCAACAAACUGAGGAAGCUUAUUUACUGUUAUCAGUGAGAAAAUUAACAUUUGAAAAUGUUUACUUUGCAAUUUAUCAACCAUGGGAAGAAAUUUUAUUGCUUAAAAAAUCUGAAAAUGCAUUUACAUGGGAUAUUGAAUUUUGUCGAUCACAAAAACUGCGAUUGGAAAUGUCUAUUAAAAAUUCUACCGAGAAUAUCUGUGGCAGAAAUGAACUUAUGGAAAAUAUUGCAGUGCAAAUGCUAGCUGAUACUGUUGAAGAAAACGAUGCAACAAAUUUACUUCAAAUGAAAGAAAGUGUCAAUGAGUUGAAAGUUGCAAUAAAUGAGGGAAAUAUUCGCUCCAAAGAUGAAGAAGAGAAAGAAUCCGGAAUUCCGAUAAUCCCUGAAAAAAUCACUUGUAAAAAGGAAAAAGAUGAUGAUGAUGAUAUUUCACUCAAUGAUGACAACAAUCAGUUCAAGCAUGAAUUAUUUCGACAUACAUCUGAAGCAUCUGAAACGUAUCCCGGAAUCAGUACCAAAACUUUAGCUACAAUUCAACGAUAUGUAGAUGAACUGUUUGAUUUUGACUCUGCAGUACCUACGAUUUCUACCGAUACGAACAUUUACAAGCAAAAUGAUAUCAAUAAAUUGGAUACGACAAGUGAUCAGAUGGAGAAUGACCCGUUUAAGGAUUUUGCUAGUGACGACUAUUUAAAUUAUUCAUUUUGCCACAAAUUAGAUUAUGUUGAAGCAGUUCAGGAUUUACCGAUAGCCGAAUUAACUUCAGCAAACAGUCAUCUUGUAGAGAAUGUCAUGUUAUCGUCUUGCUUAAAUUCAAAUCCAAAUUUCAAAAAUAUGGUGCUUAGCAAAGAAAGCAUUGAGCCAAUGGUAACUAGAUCAUUAACAUGUGAAGUUGGUUACAAUUCAGAUGACAAUUCGAGACAAAAUCUUAGCAAUUGUGAAAGUAAAGGAGAUUAUACUAAGUUAGAUACUUGCAAUAGUCUCAAUACAUUGGACAACAUACAAUUACAUUCUCAUCUUACUACAGAAACCUAUCCAUUGUAUUUUACAAGUUCGAUAGAAAGCACAGAUGCUGCUGCAACUUUUGAUGCCAGCGAAGAAUUUGAUGUCUUCACUGCUUCAACUAAUCCUAGAUUACAACAUAAUGAAAGUUACUCCACAUCAUUACCUAUGCCUAUAAGUGAGUGUAAUCAUUGUGUAUUGGAAGAUGAUCAUACAAAAUUUUCCACUGUCAAUCCGGAAGUUGUUGAUGGCUCAACUUCAAAAAUUACCGGAAAAGAAUCACUUUCAACUCAUAGUCCUGCUACCAACGAGUUAUUGUCAAAGAUUAAAGUAAUUGAUGAAGUUUGUAGAGAAAUUGAGAAUGAAAUUGAAAUGAAAACAGAAGAUAACGAGGAAGUACUUCAAAUUGAGCGUGCGAUAUAUGAUAUAUCGGAACGAAUCGAACAUCAGCAAUCUGUAACAGAAGCUCAAGCAGAAGCAAGCGAAGAACUUCUAAAAACGAUACUUGAAAAUAUUAUCAAAAAUAUUGGACAGAAUAGUAUUACUAAAACAAUGGCUGCUUAUAAAAGACCAGUUGUAUUAUUGCGAGAAAAGUUGACAGAUUUGGAAGAAACAUUGAAGAGAGAAGAAUUAGAAUUCAAUGAGUCAUCGAUGAGACGAUCAAUUCCGGAGGUACAUUCCAGAUUUUCAAAAUCAUUUAGUGCUGAAGAUGAGCAUGUCAAAUCUAUUGAAGAAUGUUCAAUUGAGAGAGAAAUUCGUGGAGUAUCAUUAUGCGCAUUGCAACAAAUUGGAAGUAUCAAUAAGCAAGAGAUUAGAAAGAUGACACCAUUGACAUCAAAUAUUAAGGAACAACUUCAAAGUUUGGAAUGUAUGCUUGGAGAAGUUGAGGAGGAGGCAGAAGACGAAGAAGGUAUGAAAGAAUUAAAUGAUGCUGAUACUGCUGCUGCUGCUGCUACUGCGGGAGCUGAAGCUAUCUUCCCGGUAUAUACCGAUACUAAACAACAUGAAGUGCAUAAUAUUCUGAUGCAAAUCAAUAAUGAAAUAAGUAUUAUCAAACGUUGCUGCCAAAGAAAUAUCUCAAAGACAAGCAUUGAUGCUGCAGUUGGUUUAUUGCAUAAAGUACGCAAUAAUGUUUCCUCAAUGACUGAUCUAAUAUUAGUGUAUCGAAAAAGACUUGGGAAGAAAUCAUCUAUUGAGAAAGGAUUAAAUGUUAGUAGAGAAGGAAUGAAAUCAUCGAAACGAUCAACUCAUCAUUUAUCACCUUAUUCCAGGACUGGUUUCUUUUUUAAAACAGAUGCUUCGGUUAAUUUAUAUUUUGUAAAACGUGAAGAAUCAGAAGUUAUCAAUGCUAUUGUCAAAUUAUUAAGUUUAUCUGACAAAUAUGGCAAACAAUUAUCAAAAAGUGAAAAUUCUCAAAUUUCCACAUAUGAUAAUGCAAUUUUUGAUGAUAAAAACAAGACUUUAGAAGAGAUAAAAAUUGAUCCAUUAUGGACAGCUGUUUCGGAAUCAACUAUCAACAAGGAUGAUGAAGUUUUCUCAUCAAAUUCUAUUGAUCCACAAGCUAAUUCAUUUUCACGUCAUUCUACUCAAGAAGCAAUUCCUGUUCGGCCUCCACGAAAAUCAAAAGAAAUGAGUCAGCAAGGAGUUAGUUCACCAUUAUCACCGCCACCAAUUCCGCCAUUUCGUGUGAAGAAGCAUCGUUCAAAAUCAUGUGAUAAUUAUGAAAAUUUUCUGAUUCGAUCAUCCUCUUCUGAUAUGCCAAAUUAUCAUCCAAUGCCUGUGAAUAUGCAAACGGAGGAUGAAGAAGUGUCGCAGUUUUACGUCGGUGAUUGUUUAAAGCUAAUGAAUGAUUUAAGCGUAUCAAUACCUAAACAGAAAUCUCAAAUAUUUGAUGAAAGAAUUAUCAAUUAUGAAGGAAUUGUCAGAAAAGAAAACAGCUUUUAUAAUUGUUCGUAUAUUUGGCCAUCUAAAGAAGCAUACCACAUUUUAUUGGAAAUAUUUGAUGAAUCUAAUUCCAUACAACUUUUAUGCGAAGAUUCUGACUAUGCACCCGAAUCUGUUAUGCAUUCAUUAUUGCUAUUUGAGUCAACAGAUAAGACUGGAGAGGAACUUGACGGAACACUUUUGCAAACACUUGAAGAUUUAUCAGAUAUGAAUAUAAGUAAAGCUGAAACUAUUACUGAAAAUGAUGCAAAAUUGGACGAAAACUUUACUGUGCUGGAAGAUGAGAAGAUUUCUACAACAUUUAAAUUAGAUGAGAACUAUAAUGAAAAUACUUCGAAAUAUCAAGUUUGUUUAGAUCGAAAUACAAAUGAAAAUUCGAAAUCAAUCGAUAAUCUAAGAAGUAGUACAUCCGAAAAUGCUCUUUUUGAGAGCAUUCAGAAGCCAACACAACAUUCUCAUAUUUUCAUGGAUACAAAAGCACACGAAUCGACUGUAAUAAAUCCAUUAGAGGAUGAAGCAAAUUCUUUGCAUGAAAUUGAAUCAAUUGAUGAUAAAGAUGAAAUUUUGGAUGAAUUAGAUGAUCUAAUGAUAAUAUGCAAUCCUCAUGCUAGUAUUAUUGAUGGCAUUGAUUUACUGCCAACAAUAAUGGAAGAUAGUGAACAUCCUAAACUUGCAAAUUCAUUCAUGUCUGUUAGCACAAAUACAGUGAUUGCUAAUAUUGAUAUGAAAGAUGUACUGAACAAUGAUAUUGAAGAUGAAGAAAGUGAUAUUACAGUAACAUCAACAUUAGAAUCAACGAUAACAGGAUUGAAUGAUAGAAUCACUCAGAAUUUGCUUAAUAAAUAUGACGAAGAUGAUGUCAACUAUUUGGAUAAUUACAAGCGAAGAGUAAUUGUAAUAUGUGAAAGUGAUGCUGAACAAAUAUCAGACGAAAUUACAAUCAAUGUACGCUAUAAGAAGCCAUCAAAUAAGCUUAAAGUGAUAGCAAUCUUAUCACCUGAGAUAGGUGCUAAGGCUGAAGCAUAUAUGGUUAUUGGUGAAGAUUUUGAUGUUCUAGUUGAACAACCAGAUGAAGUACAAAACAUUACGGUGAAUAUUUUAGAUCAUAUAAGUGAUUCGAUUAGUCUUGAUUUGAUGCUUCCAAAUACAGUUGAAGUGGAUUUAUCGCUAAAACGCUGUGAACAAUAUGAAGGUAUUCUAUCAUAUCAAAUUGAAAAUCUAAUUGAUAGUGGAACUGAUGAAGAGCGAAUAAGUAUGAUAAGUGAUAACGAUCAUUAUCAUCAUUCAUCCAAAGCUACUGGAGAUAAGGAACAACGUACCGGUAUUCUUGUAAACAUUAUUGCACGAAGCAUGCAUGACAUUGCGCGUGCUUCACUGGAAGAGAUUCCUUGGGGAGAAGUAUCUAUGUAUAUUGUAAUGCAACCUAUUAUGACUCGAUCAAAAACUGACUCAGAAACCAGAAAUUCGGUAAUUCAAAAUGUAACCGUAUCGGAAUCAAAUGAAACUGAAAAACGUUCGUUGCAUUCUCAUGAAUCAGUUUGCUCAUUAUCACAGCAGUCAUUUGAUUGGAGCGAAUUUGGUGAUCGAAAUACCGGUGGACAAAAUUUUAAUAUACCAAGCUAUGUGGUUAGAGAAGGAUCAACAGCUACAAUUACAUGCGAAUUUAAUAAUUUCUUAGCUCCUGGAAGUGUCAUUGAUUGGUUCAAGGGUAAAAAUUUAAUGCAAAUUAUACCCGGUAAAACGGAUCGCAUAAGUCAUGAUCUAUUAGAGGUAUUAGUUAUUUCACAUGUAAAUUUAAUGGAUGGUGAUAUUUAUAGCAUUAGAGUGAAUGAUAUGAUUUAUCCUGUUGCAUACCUUAUUAUAGAGAAUGCUAAUACAGCAUCAUUUGAAAAACUUAAUGAUGAUAAUGUACAUUUUAUAAGUCCGCCACAAACAUUAUUUGUAAUGGAAGGACAACCAUCAAUUAUUUCCUGUCAAGUAAAUAGUGUAGAUCAAAAAAUUGAGUGGUGUAAAGAUAAUAAAAAAUGGAUAACUGAAAAUGAAAGGAUACGAUUAGAAGCGGAUCAAUUUGGAUUUCAUCGAUUAAUUAUUGAUAAGUCUGAAUUGGAUGAUCAGGGGACAUAUUAUGCAUUUUUGGGUGAUCAUUUCACAACAGUUACACUAGUUGUUGAAGAACGCAUUGACGAACGUGAAGUGACAAUCAGUGCACUGGGAACAGACACCGAAGAAGAUGAUUAUCGUGAAUAUUUGGUACCUCUGGGUAGCACAGCAACAAUUGCUUGUGAACUGGAAAAUACCGAUGAGGUGCAAGAAUUGAUAUGGCGCAAAGAUGGUAAACAAAUUGAGUUUACAGAUGAUGGAAAAGUUGAACAUGUAGUGAAUGGCUUAAAGCAUUAUCUAGUGAUUCAUGAUACAGAAGCUGAUGAUUCAGCAUCUUAUAGUAUCUCUAUUAAUAAUAUGGAAUUCAAGAUUGCUCAUUUAUUGGUUAGCAAUUAUGCAACACCAAUUGGUAGUAAAUAUACCAAACGAGAAUAUUCAAGUCAAAUUACAGUAGAAGAAUCGCUGGUACCAAUUGGUUCAGCUGCAACAAUUCAUUGUGAAACUAUUACGCAACAAUAUUCAUUGGAUUGGCGCAAAAAUCUGCGGCCAAUUGUGCAAGAUGAACGAAUCGAAAGGAAAGAUACGGCUGAUGGAUUUGAGCAUAGUCUUACAAUUUACAGUGUUCGAAAGAGUGACGAAGGCGAAUAUGGCGUUGUAAUAAAAGAUUCAUAUACUGCUGUCACCAAAAUUACUGUAAUUGAAUCACAGGGACAAAUUUCCACUGAACAUUUCGAUAUUUCAUUACAUCCAACAACAACAACAACGAUAAAUGAAGGAUAUCCACAAUUACAUGAUGUUAUCAGUCUUCAACAAGCACAAACAAUGGAAUCUUAUCAGUUGUGUAAUAUGGAAGAAUAUUUUGAUUUGCGAUUUUCCAUGCAAUCAUAUGAAAUUCCAGUGAUUGUGAAUGAGAAACGACUGAUAUCGAUCAGUUAUCUAUCACAUCAAUUAUCAAUUCAAUCGGUGGACAAUGAGUUUCACAUACAUCGUGAGCCUUCUUAUGCAAUUAGCAACGAUUUAACUUUUAUGGAAGUAACAAUGAUUGAGUGCAAUUUUGUAACAACAAAUGUUCAUUUUCAAUUUACAUCUUCUACUUCAAUUAGUUAUGCUCUUGCUGAAGCUGUAGUACUAACACUGAUUGCGCAACAGUCAGCAUAUAUUCAUCUCAGUUCACAAUUCACUCAACUUACAACUAGUUUUAUAAAAUCGUUGGAUGUAAGAGAAUUAACCGUUGUUACAAAUGUACAAGAAAAAAUUGUCAAAAAAUUAGGAAUAAAAUUAGAUGAUCGGUGGGUAAAAUUAGAUGUGAUAUUAUUAUCACCAAUGCAGAAUAUAGCUAUGGAUAUUACGAACAAAAUUCCACGAAUGAUAGCACUUGAAAUGGAUUUUAUUGCACUAAUAUUUGAAAAGUAUAGCGAGAUUAUUACAUUUAACAAAACAUCCGAAUGCGAAUUUGCUGAUGCAGUGAUGCUAACAAAAUCAAUUAUUUAUCCGGAAAAGAUUACGAGACAGUUUACCAUGAAUGUUGUUUGGUUGGAAUUUAUAGCUAUUUAUAAAGUACCACAAAUUUUUGAUACUACAAUCAGAAUUAAUGUUACUCAAAGGGAAAUAAUUCAUCUACAAUGUGAUGCUUCUAAAGCAAAUACAAUUGAUGAAAUUUUCACGGUAUGCGGUCCUAUUCAACAACAAAAUAUUGCAGUAACUGUUCCAGAAAUUUUAUUUUCAUCAACAAAUGCUAAUUAUAUCGAUUCAAUGUCGUCUUUGGAACUAAUUUUGAUGUCACAUAUGGAUGAAAAUUUACUUGUAACUAAAGAAGUACCACUAAUUCGAAUGGAAAUGAUCAGUAUGCAGUUAAUGGCUUCCGUACUUGAAGUAAUUCCAGUAACUUAUAGUUUUUCAAAAGCUGAAAAUAUGGAAAUGAGAAUAUUUGUGAAGCCUCAUAUGUCCUCUUACGCAUGUCAACGUGACUUCGUUGACAGUGUCACAAAACUUGAAAUGGAGCUUUGGUCGCAAAUCAAAUGUGACAUUUGCGUCAACGUUAAUUUUCGAACAAGAGAAAUAGAACGAUUGAGCACAACAUUUUCCGGUUCAACUGCAGAAUAUUUCGAUCUAUCAACAGCUUUCAAUAUUCAACCAGAAAUAGAUACAGUAACAGCUACAUUAUUAACAACAGCACCAAAAAUUACUGAAAAAGCAUUUGGAUUAUUUUCAGAUGCCACUAUCAGUGAGAUUUUAGAGUACUCAUCGCAGGUGAGACGAGAAUUUUACGCAGAUGCUAUCUUUUUAAUAUCACGAAAAGAUAUACAUACGGCAAAUUUCAGAGCUUCAACUUUUGAAAACUUACAUGUUAUCAUAUCGUUUGAAGUUCAAUCUCAGGAAAGUAAUACUACAAUGGCAUUACUGAAGCGAGCACCGAUAAUUGUUGACAGAGCUAGCGUUGUGUUUUCCGAUGAUUUCAUUGAAGAAACAGUGGAAUUACGAUCACAAAAUAUGCAUAAUCUGGAAGUAGAGAUGGGAAUUUUUACUGCUCGAAAAGAUAAUUUGUUUAAAAAUAUUAAAGGUGUUGAAUUUGAGGAAAAAAAUAUUGUAGCUAUUAUUGAGGUACAGCCGGAGAAGGAAGACUUAGAAUUCAUCCUGCUAACUCCAAUUUCAGCAUUAGUUGAGCAGAUUAGUCGAUCAUUUUCGGACAGUGUUGUGAAUUUAAUUACUGAGCUACACGUACAAAGCGAUUUUCAUACAUAUAAUAAUAUUAUGGUCGCUCGAAUAUGUGCGCUUCAAAUGUUUCUAAAAGCUUCAGAAGAAGAAAAUAUCACUGUGAUAGCAAAAUUCUGUGUUCAAGAUGAAAUCGAAAAUAUCAUGGCUACUUUGCUAACACAGAUACCUGCUGUUACUGAAAGGAUUGAUCGGAAAUUUUCAGAUCGUUUGAUGAAGUUUGUAGUAGAAUUAUGGUCAAAGAUUCGUCGAGAAGCUUUUGCAGAUGCUAAAAUUUAUAUUGCUAGGAAUGAUGAGUUGCAGAUGCAGUUAAAAGCUUCAUCUAUUGAAGAAACGCAUGCAUCAAUCGUUCUGGAAGAAUAUCCUAAAGUUCAAGAACUUGAAGUUACUUUAUUGGAGUUCGUUCGAGCUGAUAUUUACAAAUUAAAUCGUUUCUUUUCUUAUAAAACUGUUAAUUUGAUUGCAACACUAUGGUGUCAGACUCAAAGUAGUUACGCCAAUAUAAAUAUACCAAUUAAACGAAAUGAUAAUAAUCAAAUAUGUUUACAAGCUUCCACUGAAGAGUGUUUGAGUAUUUUGACAAGUUUCGAAGUGCUACCACAACAAAGAGAUGACUAUUUUGAAGUACUCAUUGCAAUGCAUGAAAUUGCAGAAGCAUGGAUAGAAGCAACAAAAGAAGAGAAUUUCGAUAUCGAAAGAUCUUUUGACGUGGAAUCAGAAGCUCAUUGUGCUGCUAGUCUCUUAAUUGUCCAAAAGGAAAAGCAACUGAUAAAUGUACAAGCUUCAUCUAUUGAAAAUAUUGAAAUUUACACUUCAUUUGAAAUUUGUCCAGAAGAAGAGAUAGCAUGGAUUACUAUUACAUUGGAACAAAUUACUGCAAUCACCGAAAAGCGAUACAGCGAUGAAAUAACAAAGCUUGAUAUUGAGAUCUAUUAUGAUGCUGUAAACCAUGAAACUGUAAAAGUAGAUCUGAUAGAAUCUAAACUAUCAGUGUGGAAAUCUAGUUACAAAAUAUAUAAUGAUCGAUCUUUAUGCUUGUUUGCAAGUGAAUUUAUUGAAGAAAUCAACAAUACAACUUAUGAAUAUAUUAUGCAACAGUUUGAAGAAAAUAUUCGCAUAAUGAUUGAAUUAUCUCGAAAUCCAACAAUACAAUCGUGUCAAAUUGAUUUACAAAAUAUUUUUCAAUCAAGGCAAGCAAUGGAAGAAAAUGAGAUGAACAGAUUAUGGAGUCGUACACAACUAAAUGUAGGAUUCUAUCAACACUUAGAUUUAACACGAUCAGCACAAACCAGCGACUCAGCUUUUAUCUUACGCAAAAAUAUCUACGAAGAAGAUGAAUCAGCUGAUGAACUAAGCACAUCAUCUUCCAUUCAAGCAGCUCCACAAUUUGCGGAAAAAUUGAGUGAAAUUUAUGAAAUUGAAGAAUUCUCAACUCAUUUAUUCAAAUGCAUUAUUUAUGGAACACCCGCGCCACAAGUCCGAUGGUACCGUAAUGAGCAAGCAAUCAUCCCUAGCGAUAACAUAACUGAAAUCGCUGAAGAUGGUAUCUACAUAUUGAAAAUAAAUAACAUAGAUAGAAGUUGGAAUGGAAAUUUAGUUUGUGAAGCGGAAAAUGCAAUCGGAAUAGCUCGCACACAUUCCAUUAUCCAUGUUCAAAGAUCUGAGGAAAGUUCUUCCAUUAGCAGCGCUUCAAUCGGAGGACAAAUGCCUAUCAUCCAUUUACUGCUUGAUAGCGAAAUUAAUGCUAAGAAGGGAGAAAAUAUCCAACUGAAAUGUAUUAUAUCUGGAAGUCCAUUACCUUCAGUACAAUGGAAGCGCAAUGAUGUUAUCAUCGAAAAUAAUGAACAUUACUUGACUAUAUGUGAUGAUGGGAUCUGUAUUUUGCGCAUUUUAAAUGUCACAGAGGAGGAUAAUGCAAUUUUUAGCUGUACAGCGAUGAAUAUGUUCGGUUCCGCAAAAACCAAAAGUAGAGUGAUUGUUGAAGAAGAAGCGCACUUAGCAAGUACGAGUAACAUAAAGGAAGAAGAAAGUCCCACAGCAAGAAGCAGUAUAGAUGAUCAUACCAUAGGUGAAAUAUCGAUGUCGUCAAUGUCAUCACAAGAUUCACUUACCACUCAAUUUCAAAUACCUCAAUUUACAUUACCAUUACAUGAUAUAACGAUAGAGAACAGAGGAGAACUACAACUUAAAUGUAUUGUUACUGGUGAACCAAUGCCUACAAUUCGUUGGUCAUGCAAUGGUAAAGAAAUUCAAGCAGAUAACAGGAAUAUAUUUACCGUUUAUGAGGAUGGCAUUGUUAUACUAAAGAUUAUCAAUGGUGAUAAAGAAGGAUUAUAUGUAUGUGAAGCAACAAAUGGUAUCGGAAGUGCACAAACUCGAAGUUUUGUUCACAUAUAUAGCGCGGAAGUUUUACUGACAACAGCAAUGGAACUAAAAGAUACGAUGGAGUCAGCUGAAGCUGUAGUUUUAUCAGUUUCGACGUCGAAAUUUUGCUCAACAGCUGAUGUAAGUGGAAAAAAUGAAACAAUUGAUCAAGAUCAAGAAGGAAAGAAAUUAAAGAAAGAAUUCGGUGAAGAAGAAAUCACAACUGAUCAAUAUAUCCCAACAGGCACACUGAAUUACUUAAUUGAAGCAGAAGCAAUGACAAUAAGAGUUAUGAGUUACAAACUUUGUGCUUAUGCAAAAGUGAAAGCAAAAUCAAAAAAAAUGAAGGAAGAAGAGCUAUUUAAAAUAAUCAUUGAAGAGGACGUUGUACGCACACGAACUUACUUAAGAGUGGUCGAACGUAGUGCAAGACCACUGUGGACAUUUCAAGGUCAUACUACUGAAAGACCUUCAUAUUGGAGUCGAGAAGUUAUUAAUGAAAGGACUGAAUUUGAGAAAAUAUUCCAAAAUGAUGAAUUACACGAAUUUUUAGAAGAUAAAGACAUUAUUGAACGUUAUGUUCAACUUCUAAAGACGACAGAAACAUCGGAAAGCAGCGAAGAAUAUGAAACUCGAUUUAAGUUACGUCAAAUAGGAGGUUCACAAGAAACUUUAGAAAAGCGUAAAUUAGAAAUAUAUGAAGAACAAACUGGAACUCUUGCUGAGGAUACUGGUGUUUUCACAGUUGUGCAUUGCGUAGCAAAUGCAAUGCAUCAUGUUGUAGAAGCGUACGUGAUUCUCAUUACACGUUACAGAUAUAAGGCAACAUUUGAUAUUCGAGCUGCUUUGUAUCAAACGAUUGCUAUUGACAAUGAAUUUGAAGCUUCUAUUGAAGAUUCAGUUAAACGACAAAAAUAUUUCCAGCAUUCAAUUUUGAGAGGACCGCACUUCAUUCAACCACUUACCAUCUUUGAAGAAGGUUUCAAUACCGGUUUGCGUUGUUCUGUUUACGGUUUACCAAUACCACAUAUUCGAAUUUCGCAUAAUGGAUGUCCGAUCCUAAGAAAUAAUAGAUUCUUUCAUGUAGUAUACAAAAGUGGUGUUAUAUCGUUGUACAUGCAACAUAUCCUUGAAGGACAUUACGUUUGUGAAGCAGUCAGUGUAGCCGGAAGAGCUAUUACAGAAUGCUUUAUUCGAGUGGAAGAAGAAUGGAAUGAAAAACAACAUAGAAAAAUCCGAAGAAUACGAAUUGAAAAUGCUUCCAAAACAACCGAAUCAACUGAAAGAAGCUCCCAAAACAAUGAAACAGUCCAAACAUCGACCACUCAAUAUGAAUACGAACAAAGUAAGCAAAUCAGCGAAGCGAUGGAAUCAGUGGAAAAUAUUGAAGAAACUUUAACCGAACAUCAUAUGCAAUCGCAACAAUUACUAGUGGAAAAUAUGGGAAAGAUAAAGGGUAGUAAAACUGAAAUAUGCAAAGAAAUCAACAAGGAGGUCUUUAUCAAAAGAAACCGCACUGUUUCAUCGAUAUAUGUUUCUGUAAUAGAAAACAUUCACGAUCUAACAGAGCCAAAAAUUCUAGAAACGUCAGAACAAGAAAUUAAUAAACUGAUCGAUGCAGCAAAACCUUCAAUUAAUAAUCAUGAAGAGAUUCUAUAUGCAACAGCCCAACAUGAAAUAGCGUAUCACGACACAUUCCUACCAAAAGAAAUGAACGAAAAAGUAGGACAAGUAGAAGAGCGUGACAAAAAAGAUAAAUUAAUUGACGCAUCUAACAUGAACUUAUCUUCACAGUCAGUUUCAGCAUCCAUUACCCUGAAAAACGAAGUCAAGAUGGAACAAUCUCCUGAUGAAACGGCAGUGGAAGCAAAAAAGGAAAUUGUUGAAGAAAAGACAGAAAUAGCUGUCACAGAUAUUAAAAAACAGGUAGCAACUACAGGUAUUGAACUUCGGUUGGAAAAACUACUCGAGCAUUCAGCAAUCGCAGAACGAGCAGCUGAAGAAUUGAGAGAGAUGGAAAUGAAUCUUGAUUUCGAGAAAAAACUGCAGCAUGAAACAGCUGGCGUUUCUGUCGUAAGUGUAACAUCAGGAUCCAUUCAAGCUUCAACUCCCUUGGCAAAAGCAACAAAAAUGCAGAAACCGACAGAAGAAGAAUUGAGAGAGAUGGAAACGAAUCUGGAUCUACAUAAACAUUUAGAACACGAAACAGUUGACGUAUCUGUCUUUAGCACAACUUCAGGAUGGGCUCAAGCUUCAGAAUGCUUGGCAAAAACAACAAAUAUGGACCAACCUAUAGAUGAAGCGAUUGAAGAAGUUGCGAAACGUGUUGAAGAGAGAGCUGUCGAAGAACUGAAACAGAUAGAAAUCAAUCUGGAUUUAGAGAAACAUCUACAACAAGAAAUACUUGACGUUUCCGUCUUUAGCAUUAUCUCAGAAUCCACUCAAGCUUCAGUCUGCUUGGCAAAACUAAGAAAAAUAGAGCAAACAGCACAAGAAGAAUUGAGAGAGACGAAGACCAAUUUGGAUUUUGAGAAAUAUCAGGAACAAGAAACAGUUGACAUAUCCGUCAUUAGCAUAGUCUUAGAAUCUACUGAAGCUUCAGUUCGCUUGGCAAAAGAAAUUAAAAGAGAGCAACCAACAGAAGUGAUGGAAGAAGUUGCAAGGUCAGAAAAGGAAAUAGUUAAAGAGAAUGUUGAGAGGGCGGUCGAACAAUUGAGAGAAAUGGAAAAGAAUCUAAAUUUAGGGAAACAUUCGGAAAAAGAAACAAUCAACGUUUCUGUCUUUAGUAUAGCAUCAGAAACAGCUCAAGCCUCAAUUUGCCUGGAAAAAGCAGCAAAAAUAGAGCAACUCAUAGAAGUGAUUGAAGCUGAGAAGCAAGAAAAAGAAGACCUUCAGAGAGCUGCCAUGGUUUUUACAAGAAUAGAAGCAAAUCUGAAUUUAGGAAAACAUCUCGAACAUGAAGCUGUUGAGGUUUCCGUUUUGAUUUUGGCUUUAGAAUCAGCUCAAGCAUCGAUUCCUUUAGCCAAGCAAGCUGAGAAACAACCUCUAGAUAUUGUCGAAGUUGCAAAACCAGAAAGAGAGGAAAAACCGAAGAAGGUGUUCGAAGAACUGAAAGAGACAGGAAUCACGUUUAGUCUGGAGAAACAUCUCGAACAUGAAGCUGUUGACGUUUCCGUUCUAAUUUUAGCUUCUGAAUCAGCUCAAGCAUCGAUUCCUUUAGCCAAGCAAGCUGAGAAACAACCUCUAGAUAUUGUCGAAGAGGUUGCAAAACCAGAAAGAGAGGAAAAACUGGAGAAAGAUUUCGAAGAACUGAAAGAGACCGGAAUCACGUUUAAUCUGGAGAAACAUCUCGAGCAUGAAGCUGUUGAGGUUUCCGUUUUGAUUUUGGCUUUAGAAUCCGUUCAAGCAUCGAUUCUUUUAACUAAAGAAGCUAAGAAGCAACCUAUGGAAGAUAUUUUCGAAGAGGUUGCAAAACCAGAAAGAGAGGAAAAACUGGAGAAAGAUUUCGAAGAACUGAAGGAGACCGGAAUCACGUUUAAUCUGGAGAAAAAUCUCGAAUGUGAAGCUGUUGACGUUUCCGUUCUAAUUUUGGCUUCUGAAUCAGCUCAAGCAUCGAUUCUUUUAACUAAAGAAGCUAAGAAGCAACCUAUGGAAGAUAUUUUCGAAGAGGUUGCAAAACCAGAAAUAGAGGAAAAACUGGAGAAAGAUUUCGAAGAACUGAAAGAGACAGGAAUCACGUUUAAUCUGGAGAAACAUCUCGAACAUGAAGCUGUUGACGUUUCCGUUCUAAUUUUGGCUUCUGAAUCAGCUCAAGCAUCGAUUCCUUUAGCCAAGCAAGCUGAGAAACAACCUCUAGAUAUUGUCGAAGAGGUUGCAAAACCAGAAAGCGAGGAAAAACCGAAGAAGGUGUUCGAAGAACUGAAAGAGACAGGAAUCACGUUUAAUCUAGAGAAAAAUCUCGAAUGUGAAGCUGUUGAGGUUUCCGUUUUGAUUUUGGCUUUAGAAUCCGUUCAAGCAUCGAUUCUUUUAACUAAAGAAGCUAAGAAGCAACCUAUGGAAGAUAUUUUCGAAGAGGUUGCAAAACCAGAAAGCGAGGAAAAACUGGAGAAAGUGGUUAAGAAAUUGGAAGAGACGGAAGUUACUUUAGAUUUGGAGAAAGGUCUCGAGCAUGAAUUUGUUGACAUAUUCCUCGUCAAUGCCGUUUCAGAUUCGACGCAAGCUUUGGUUCGCUUAAGUAAAGAGCCAAAGAUUGAAAAGCCAAAGGAUGAAAUUAUUGAGAAGAAAACAGUAAAACCGAAGAAGGAAACCACUGAUGAACAAUCAGAGGGGAAAUUAAGCGAGACGGAAGCCAUAAUUGAUUUGGAAAAAGGUUUCGAGAGCGAGCACAUUUCAGGCUCGACCGAAGCUUUAGUCCCGUUAACAAAGGAGCUGAAGAGUGAAAUUAGGAAGAAAAUGGUGAAACCAAAACAGAAGACUGUUGAGGAAAAACCGGAAAUUAUUGAAAAGAAAACAAUAAAACCGAAGAAGGAAACCACUGAUGAACAAUCAGAGGAGAAAUUAAGCGAGACGGAAGCCAUAAUUGAUUUGGAAAAAGGUUUCGAGAGCGAGCACAUUUCAGGCUCGACCGAAGCUUUAGUCCCGUUAACAAAGGAGCUGAAGAGUGAAAUUAAGAAGAAAAUGGUGAAACCAAAAGAGAAGACUGUUGAGAAAAAACCGGAAGAAGUGGUUAAGAAAUUGGAAGAAACGGAAAUUACUUUAGAUUUGGAGAAAGGUCUCGAGCAUGAAUUUGUUGACAUAUUCCUCGUCAAUGCCGUUUCAGAUUCGACGCAAGCUUUGGUUCGCUUAAGUAAAGAGCCAAAGAUUGAAAAGCCAAAGGAUGAAAUUAUUGAGAAGAAAACAGUAAAACCGAAGAAGGAAACCACUGAUGAACAAUCAGAGGAGAAAUUAAGCGAGACGGAAGCCAUAAUUGAUUUGGAAAAAGGUUUCGAGAGCGAGCACAUUUCAGGCUCGACCGAAGCUUUAGUCCCGUUAACAAAGGAGCUGAAGAGUGAAAUUAAGAAGAAAAUGGUGAAACCAAAAGAGAAGACUGAUGAGAAAAAACCGGAAGAAGUGGUUAAGAAAUUGGAAGAAACGGAAAUUACUUUAGAUUUGGAGAAAGGUCUCGAGCAUGAAUUUGUUGACAUAUUCCUCGUCAAUGCCGUUUCAGAUUCGACGCAAGCUUUGGUUCGCUUAAGUAAAGAGCCAAAGAUUGAAAAGCCAAAGGAUGAAAUUAUUGAGAAGAAAACAGUAAAACCGAAGAAGGAAACCACUGAUGAACAAUCAGAGGAGAAAUUAAGCGAGACGGAAGCCAUAAUUGAUUUGGAAAAAGGUUUCGAGAGCGAGCACAUUUCAGGCUCGACCGAAGCUUUAGUCCCGUUAACAAAGGAGCUGAAGAGUGAAAUUAAGAAGAAAAUGGUGAAACCAAAAGAGAAGACUGUUGAGAAAAAACCGGAAGAAGUGGUUAAGAAAUUGGAAGAAACGGAAAUUACUUUAGAUUUGGAGAAAGGUCUCGAGCAUGAAUUUGUUGACAUAUUCCUCGUCAAUGCCGUUUCAGAUUCGACGCAAGCUUUGGUUCGCUUAAGUAAAGAGCCAAAGAUUGAAAAGCCAAAGGAUGAAAUUAUUGAGAAGAAAACAGUAAAACCGAAGAAGGAAACCACUGAUGAACAAUCAGAGGAGAAAUUAAGCGAGACGGAAGCCAUAAUUGAUUUGGAAAAAGGUUUCGAGAGCGAGCACAUUUCAGGCUCGACCGAAGCUUUAGUCCCGUUAACAAAGGAGCUGAAGAGUGAAAUUAAGAAGAAAAUGGUGAAACCAAAAGAGAAGACUGUUGAGAAAAAACCGGAAGAAGUGGUUAAGAAAUUGGAAGAAACGGAAAUUACUUUAGAUUUGGAGAAAGGUCUCGAGCAUGAAUUUGUUGACAUAUUCCUCGUCAAUGCCGUUUCAGAUUCGACGCAAGCUUUGGUUCGCUUAAGUAAAGAGCCAAAGAUUGAAAAGCCAAAGGAUGAAAUUAUUGAGAAGAAAACAGUAAAACCGAAGAAGGAAACCACUGAUGAACAAUCAGAGGAGAAAUUAAGCGAGACGGAAGCCAUAAUUGAUUUGGAAAAAGGUUUCGAGAGCGAGCACAUUUCAGGCUCGACCGAAGCUUUAGUCCCGUUAACAAAGGAGCUGAAGAGUGAAAUUAAGAAGAAAAUGGUGAAACCAAAAGAGAAGACUGUUGAGAAAAAACCGGAAGAAGUGGUUAAGAAAUUGGAAGAAACGGAAAUUACUUUAGAUUUGGAGAAAGGUCUCGAGCAUGAAUUUGUUGACAUAUUCCUCGUCAAUGCCGUUUCAGAUUCGACGCAAGCUUUGGUUCGCUUAAGUAAAGAGCCAAAGAUUGAAAAGCCAAAGGAUGAAAUUAUUGAGAAGAAAACAGUAAAACCGAAGAAGGAAACCACUGAUGAACAAUCAGAGGAGAAAUUAAGCGAGACGGAAGCCAUAAUUGAUUUGGAAAAAGGUUUCGAGAGCGAGCACAUUUCAGGCUCGACCGAAGCUUUAGUCCCGUUAACAAAGGAGCUGAAGAGUGAAAUUAAGAAGAAAAUGGUGAAACCAAAAGAGAAGACUGUUGAGAAAAAACCGGAAGAAGUGGUUAAGAAAUUGGAAGAAACGGAAAUUACUUUAGAUUUGGAGAAAGGUCUCGAGCAUGAAUUUGUUGACAUAUUCCUCGUCAAUGCCGUUUCAGAUUCGACGCAAGCUUUGGUUCGCUUAAGUAAAGAGCCAAAGAUUGAAAAGCCAAAGGAUGAAAUUAUUGAGAAGAAAACAGUAAAACCGAAGAAGGAAACCACUGAUGAACAAUCAGAGGAGAAAUUAAGCGAGACGGAAGCCAUAAUUGAUUUGGAAAAAGGUUUCGAAAGCGAGCACAUUUCAGGCUCGACCGAAGCUUUAGUCCCGUUAACAAAGGAGCUGAAGAGUGAAAUUAAGAAGAAAAUGGUGAAACCAAAAGAGAAGACUGUUGAGAAAAAACCGGAAGAAGUGGUUAAGAAAUUGGAAGAAACGGAAAUUACUUUAGAUUUGGAGAAAGGUCUCGAGCAUGAAUUUGUUGACAUAUUCCUCGUCAAUGCCGUUUCAGAUUCGACGCAAGCUUUGGUUCGCUUAAGUAAAGAGCCAAAGAUUGAAAAGCCAAAGGAUGAAAUUAUUGAGAAGAAAACAGUAAAACCGAAGAAGGAAACCACUGAUGAACAAUCAGAGGAGAAAUUAAGCGAGACGGAAGCCAUAAUUGAUUUGGAAAAAGGUUUCGAAAGCGAGCACAUUUCAGGCUCGACCGAAGCUUUAGUCCCGUUAACAAAGGAGCUGAAGAGUGAAAUUAAGAAGAAAAUGGUGAAACCAAAAGAGAAAUUUGCUGAGGAAAAAUCGGAAGAAACGACCGAUAAGCUAAAGGGAAAUGAAAUUGUGUUUGGUUUAGAAAAAUGUCAAGAACAUGAAUUUGCUGAUAUAUCCAUAGUCAGUGUGAUUUCAGAAUCGACCAAUGCUUCAGUUCUUUUAAAAAUGGAACCGCAGAAUGAGCCUAAAGAUUUAAUUGCUGAGGGAAAAGCAGGCGGGAGCUCACCAGGAACUGAGUUUGAUAUACAUCUGCCUGGAGUGAAGGCUUUUCUAACCAAAGAAGCAUUAAUUUCAUUGGGUGUCGAGAAACCAUCCGAAAAAGGCUUUGCCGACACGAUAUCUACAGCAGCUGAUUUUUGUUGUUGUAGCCGUUCUGUUUAUCUUCCUGGUUUACAGAAAGCUACGGCAGAUAUGAAGGAAGGAAUGGAAAGACCAACACAGUUGAACAUGGUGAAAGGGAAACAUUUAGAAGAAAUUCCUGUUGAGACGGUUUCUAUCAAUUUCGAAUUCACAAAACAGCGAACUCAAAAAAUUGGUGUUGGUACCAUUUUUAAUUCUGAACGUCCAACGGAACAAAUUGAACUUGUUGAAGAAAUAAUUCGAUCAAGUCAAUAUGCUGAAACUAUUAGACUUUUAGCACUUUGUGAAAAAUGCUUCGCUUGCAUGUCAUUUUGUAUGGAAGAGAAAAGUACUGAAAUUACGAGGACGACAGAACCUGGAGUUACGAGACGGACGAAGGAGCGUUCGAAAUCUGUAAUAGCUGACAUUGAAGUAGAUGCCGGUGAAGAAAUGGCGACAACGGAUGCAAUUGUCGAUAUGCUGACAAAUUUUGAAGAAACCGAACUAGCUGUAAAUGAAUUUGUAUCCGAUUUUCUUGAUGUUGAUGUCAGUUUAGAUGCUUUGAUGGAGGAAGAAUUCAUUGAAGUUAUUGGUCCUAUCAUUCAUAAUCAGUUUGCUUCCUUAGUGGUUCAAAUGCCCACCGCAAUUACCAGCAUUUCGCGACUCAUUGAAGAAGUUAAAAUGGUUGCCGUAAACGCAGAAGCUGAGAUUUUGAUAUCUGUAGCAAACGAAACUAAAAUGCAACGGCUCAACCUUAAAUUACAAAAAGUUGGGCAGAAAUCACGUGAAAAUUUUGAAACAGAAAAGAAACUAAAAGAUACGAGAAAAAAAUCACAAGAAAUUGAUGAGGAAGAGAAGCCUAAAGAAGUGGAAAAGAGAAAGAAGAAAGUACCGAAAGCGCUUAUCAUUCCAGCAGAAAUAAGUUCUAAAUAUGGUGACAAGAGUACACUUCUGUCCGAAAUAACUAUGACAACAAGAAUUGCAAUGAAUGAAGUGAUGGCAGAAGUUGAAACAUCACCAAAGAAAUCUCUUUCUGCCUCUGUUGCAAUGAAGAUAGAUUCAGCGAAGCGUCGUAAAUCCAUCAAUCGUCGAUCAUCUUCCGCAGAGAAAUUCACAUUCAAAGAAACUGAUGACGGAACAGAAUUGAAAUUAGAUGAAGAAAAUGUAAGAAAAACAAAAAAACGAACCAGUUUACCGCCGGUUCCUAAAGUAAACAAAGAGAUAGAAAUGGAGUUACUUUUUAGACAAAAAGAAUAUGUGGAAAAUAUCGAUCACAUUUUCCCUGUUAAUGUUGUAGAAGAAUUUGCACUUACUGUACAAGCAAAAACAACGAGUCGAAGGAAGAAGAUGGAAAAAGCAAGAAAAGAUUUGGAGGAAGAGAAACAAAGGAAGAAAUCGAUAAAUGAAUUGGAAAAAAUUGAAAUACAAACAAUAAAAGAAAAUGAAAAUGAAGAACCUUACGAACGUGCUCGAAAGAAGCGUAUUGGAUUUAUUCAAGCGCCUGAUAAAGAAAUUAUCGCAUUCCGCGGUGAUACAAUUAAAAUUGAAUGCGAAUUGGUAAAUAAUGAUGAUUUCAUAUGGCUCAUUAAUGAUAAACCUGCAAAUGAAAAUUCGAGAUGCAUUGAGGAAGUUAAUUCAUUGAUAAGAACGCUAACAAUAACAAAUAUUGCACCAGAAGAUGAUGAAAUGAUAAUUGUUGCAAAAGUGGACGAUAUUAUUGCUGAAACAAUUAUUCAUGUAGAAGAUACACCAGCAGAGAUUAUCGAACCGUUACCACGUCGCAGUUUUGGCAAAUGCGGUGAGAAUGUAACACUUGGAAUAUGUGUCACCCAUCCAGCACAGUCUAUUGUUUGGGAAUUCAACGGUGAGAAAUUGUCGCAUAAUGAUGAGAAUUAUGUCAUUGCCGGAGAAGGCAAUAUUUACACAUUAACAAUCAAGAAUGCUCUGUAUGAUAAUGCUGGACGUUAUUCCAUAAAAGUUGAUUCGUUAGAAACUUCCACAAUGUUAAUAAUGCAAGGAGCACCUAUUAUUGAGAAGCCGGAAUCGGAAAGUGUUAAUUUUGAGACUCAUGAAAAUCUUCUUCUCAAUAUUCCUUAUAAAGCAGUACCAGAACCAAUAGUUGAAUGCUUCUUUAAUAAUGAACCAUUGGUAGUUGGAACAAAAUUGAAGCUUGAAAUUAUCAAUGAUAUGGUUCAAUUCUGUAAACGGAAAGCUAAUAAAAAUGAUAUUGGUGAAUAUACUUUUAAAAUCAGCAAUGAAUUUGGCGAAGCUACCAAAAUUUUCACUGUUAAUGUUAAAGAUAUAUCUGGCGUUCCUGAUAAUCCGCGAAUUAUGGAUAUUUCUUGUGACACAAUAAGUGUAGAAUGGGAUGCUCCAAAAGAUGAUGGUGGUAGCAAAAUUAUCGGUUAUGUCAUUCAGAAAAAAGAAAUUGGUCGUCGAACAUUCCACCAUGUUAUUCAGGUGACAGGUGACAAGACCAAUUGUCUGAUUGAAGAGCUUGAUGCUGACACCGAAUACAUUUUUCGUAUUGCUGCCAUUAACAAAUAUGGCACUGGAGAAUUCGCCGAAUUUCCUAUCGUACAUACUAAUAGAGCACCAGAAGAAUUACAAGAAAUAUGGGAAGAGAAAAAUGACUUAGAGGAAACUGUGGAAGAAAUGGAUGAACACGAAUUAAUUGAACCGGAAAAGACAAAGGUCAAGAAAGCUGUAAAGAAGGAUGAAUCAGAAAAAGCUGAAUCACUUGAAGACGAAAUGAUUAGUGAGGAAAUUGCUGCAGGUGAUAACACUUCGCCAGCAAAGUUAAUAGAAGAAGAAAAGAAGGUAGAAAUGACAGAGUUCAAAGGAGAUGUUGAAAUCGUCAAAAAUCUCGAACAGAAUGAGAUAUUUGAACUCGAAGUAGGGAAAGUUGAAGAGAAAUUGACUGGAGUUAUAGGAUCUGGAGAAGUGAUGGAUAAGGAGAAGGACGAAAAGUUGGAUACUAGGAAAAAGCCGAAGAAAACAAAAAUAACGAAAUCAAAGAAGGAAAAGAAGCCUUCUGAGGAGAUAAUUCCAGCAACAGAACAGAAAUCUGUUGAUCGUGCUGAAGAUAGCCUUAGCAAGACUUUAGAAUCAGUAAGCGAAGUUAUCAAAGAUCAUGCUGAACGGAAGAAUGAUGAUAGGAUUUUGUUGGAAGAAGAAAAAGCAGCUAAAGAAGAAAUGAAACAUGGAGAUGAGAUGGACAGAAAAAUAUUAGAUAAUGAGAAAAGAGCGCAUGUGGAAGAAAUAGUUCCAUCAGUUACUGAUGAAAAAGAAUUUAAGGAGAAACCUGAUAAAAAAACAGAUGAAAAGAAGUCUAUAGAUGUGGAAUUUGAGAUGGAAGAGAAUUUUGAAAUGAAGAAUAAAAAGGACAAAGAAGUUGAUAUUAGUGACACUUCUGAAACUGUAAAAAUUGAUGAAAAAACUGAAGAAAUUGCAUUAGAAAAAGAGCCAACGGUUGAGAAAAAAGAAGAAAUUAAAAAGAAGAAAUGUGGUAAGGAAAAAAACCGAAAAACUACCGUCAAAAAAUCUGAAGAACCAAUGGAAACCGUUGAGGUUACAGAUGAAAAUUUUGAGGUGCAGCUUGAGCAACAAGAAAUUACUGCAGAAGAAAUGGUAACAUCUGAAAAAAUAAAGAUUAAAGAGGAAAAAGGAGGAGUUGAAAAUGAUGGAUUCGAGAGGAAGUCAAAAGUUAAGAAAAAGAAGGAGCAAGAUGAGAAGACUGCUCAGGUAAUUAGUAUAAACGUAUUCUUCAAAAACACUCCAAACAUUGAGAUUGUUGACUCAAUUUUGAAAAGCAAGAAUGCAAUUUCUACUAGUAUGAAAGCUGUUUCGAAGGCAAAGAAAUCAAAAACAUUGAUAAAGAAGAAACCAGAAGAAAUAACCGGAACAGAGCAGGAAAAACCUGAAGCCGAAAAGCUGGAAGCAAAGUUGGAGGCGGAUAAUAAAGUUGAAAAAGCAGAAGAACAUAGAAAAGAGAAAGAUGGGGAAGAUGCAGUCGCAGUCGAAACAGGAAAGUCUGUGGAAGAUAAAGAAGUGAAACCGAAAAAGAAGACUGCCGGAAAAAAAGUCUCUAAAAAAGCAUCACAGAAGCCUAAGGCUGAAGAAGAAAAAGAAAAGACUGGAGAUGAUGAUACAAAACAGAUUACGGAUGAGGUUCGAGAGGAGAAGCAUGCAGAAGAGAAAAACAUGAACGGAUUCAAAGAUGAAGAAGUGAAGGAAGAACAAAGUAAUACUGAUAUCGAUGUUACUAUUGAUAUACCAGCAAUUCCGGCAAGUAAAAUGCUGGAACCGGAAGACAUUGUUGCAACGAUACCAGUGUUACAGACAGAUGAGAUACCAAUCACACGACGAAUGCAUAAACGUCUAGGUGGCUUUGCUGUUCUUCCGGAGCAGGAAAUUUUAGCACUAAGAAAUGAUACGGUUAAAAUUGAGUGUGAAGUUCUUAAUGAAGAUGAUAAGAUUAAUUGGAGAAUAAACGGAAAAUCAGUUAUGGAUGAUAUACGAUGUACGGAAGUUGUAGAUGGAUAUUUAAGAAUUUUACAAAUUGAAAAUGUUGUUCCAGAAGACACCGGUACCAUCAUUACAGCUAAUCUUCAUGAACAUUCUGUAGAGAGUCGUUUGAUUAUUGAAGAUAUACCAGUGGAAAUCAUUAAAAAAUUACCAUAUAAGAUAACCGGUAAAUUGGAUGAUUUGAUAAAAUUGUCAACAACCGUAUCACAUAUGGCUGAAAAUUGCCAGUGGUUUUUCAAUAAUGAACAAUUAAUUAAAAAUAACGAUCAUUAUGAAGUAAAUAUUGAAGGUAAUAUUUGCAAUUUGCUGAUAAAGAAUUUAACUUACGAUCAAGCCGGUCGUUAUUCCAUGAAAAUAGAUUCUGCAGAAACUUCAACUACUCUAAUUGUUGAAGGUGCACCAGUAUUACAUGAAAUAGAAACAAGUGCAACAAUGAUCAAUCUAGAAUCACAGGAUAAUUUAAUACUUACAAUACCAUUUAAAGCAAUACCGGAACCAAUUUUGGAAUGUUUUCUUAACAAUGAAAAAAUUCCGACUAGUUCAAAGAUGCAACUCGAUAUUUUUAAUGAUAAAGUAUGCUUCCGCAAGCGUAAGGUGGACAAAAGUGAUGCUGGCGAGUAUACGAUCAAAAUUAAAAAUGAUUUUGGCGAAGUAUCACAGACAUUUUCUGUUAAUAUAAAAGAUGUACCGGGAGCUCCUGAAAAUGGACAUAUUACCGAUAUUGGGAGUUGCAGUGCAAAAGUUCAUUGGGAUGCUCCAAGUGAUAACGGUGGUAGUGCGAUUACAGGUUAUAUUGUGGAGAAAAGGGAAGAAUCGAGAAGAGCUUAUCACCGAAUUGCUCAAGUAGCAAGUGAGCAAACGGAUUAUUAUAUGGAUGAUCUGAAGAUGAAUACAUCAUAUAUGAUUCGAAUAGCAGCUAUGAACAAAUAUGGCACUGGUGAAUAUUUGGAAUGUAUUUCGUUUCAAACAUCUCUGCCAUUCGAAGCACCGUCUGUGACACAUCCGCCAAUCAUCAGUAAUGUCACCGAUCAGAGUUGUACAUUAAAGUGGCCUAGAGUAACAGAAGAUGGUGGUUCAUCAAUUUAUGGAUACGAUUUGUUCGUACGAAAAGAUAAAGGUGGUUGGAUGAAAGUUAACGAUGAAUUGAUAUUCACUGAACAAUUCACUGUUUCUAAUAUUGAAGCUGGGCCAACAUAUGAAUUUAAAGUUGAAGCAACAAAUGAAGCAGGUCUUACAUCAAAAUCAGAUAUCAUAUCAGAACCAUUGAUAAUUUUCAAAGCAGCAGAAUUGCCUGUUUUGAGCUUACCUGCAGUAGAAGUUGUAAGCGGAGAUGCAGUUAGCGUACAAUGGAUUGAAGCUCCCCGUGAGGACUGCAACGUGACGUCGUACGUAAUUAGGUACAAAUCAGAAAAGGCAUCAGUUUGGUCAGAGAAAGAAAUAGAACAUUCACCUGCAGACAUAACUGGUUUGAGAGAGGGACUAUCCUAUCUUUUCAAAGUUGCGCCAAAAAGUGGUCCAACUAUUGGUGAAUUUUCCGAAGAAACAAUACCGAUACGUAUAGUUGCAACUAAAAAACCGGAAAUAACAAAAGGUAUCAAAGAUAUCUCGGUUUCAUGCAAACGUGAACUCAAACUGGAAUGUCAUGCAACUGGUGAACCUGCUCCUCAAUAUAUUUGGUAUAAAGAGGAUCAAGAAAUCAUUCCAGCUAACAAGAAUAUUGAGAUUAUUAACGAAGGCUUUAUGAGUGUUCUCCUAAUUCAUCAUACAUCAACACUGGAUGCUGGUUUGUAUAAAUGCGAGGUUGUUAACGAUCUUGGUUCAGUAGAUUCAGAGGCUACUGUCACUGUCACAGAGGUACGCGCACAUUUUGUUUCUUCAUUCCCUGAAUAUCUGGAAGUUGACGAAGGAGAAAAAAUUGGAUUUUCAUGUGAGCUAUCCGAUGCUGAUGCUUCUGUUGUUUGGCUAAAGGAUGGCAAACCUUUACGAUCAGAUGAUCGAAUAACGAUCAGUGAGGAUGGCAUUGAAAGAAAACUUACAAUUAGAAAUUCGAUACUUGAAGAUAGUGGCAAAUAUAUAUGUAGUACUGUUGAUAGGAAAGCUCAAUCUGAAGCGGAAUUAAUUGUCAAAGAAGAAUUGCCACAUAUCAAGAGAGGUCCACAAGAUCAAAUUGUUACUGAAUUUGGUACUACCAUUAUGUUGAAAUGCGAAACUACUAAGCCAGUGAAAGUUGUAAAAUGGUUUAAAAAUAGAAAAGAAAUUUGGCCACGACAAGAGAAAUUCAGCAUGAAUGUGGAAGAAACCGUUGCGACAUUAACGAUUAUGGGCUUUGAGCUUAAUGAUUGCGCCGAAUAUACAGCAGCACUUCGUGAGGAUGAAGAAAGUGCGCCAGCUAAAGUAGAACUUAAGAUAGCACCAAUAAUCAAACUAUCGAAAAAUUUACCAAGUAAUAUGCUCAAAUUGCACUGUGGCACUGAUUUUGAUAUCGAAUUCAUUUAUGGAGGAUUUCCUGAGGUUGAUAUCACAGUAACUCUUAACGAUAAGCCACUGAACAAAAUGAGAUCUCGUAUGCAUACCUAUGAUAAUAAGCUAUCAUUACGUCUAAGAAAUGUAACUCAGGAAGAUUCUGGUAUAUUAAAAGUUGUGGUAAAAAAUGAAAUUGGAAGUGUAAGCGAAGAGAUUCAAUUGGAUGUGAUUAGUGUACCGUCUAAACCAGAUCAUUUAACAGCUUUCAAUAUUACAAGCCGUUCGGUGAUGCUCAAAUGGCAGAAAGCAGAAGAUAAUGGAUCACCAAUCAUAAAUUAUAUCAUUGAAAGAAGAACAGAAAAUAUCAAACGUUGGCGCAAUAUUGGAAAAUGUGAAUCGGAACAAUAUGAAUUUCUGGCUGAAGAUCUAUACCCGAGUGAAAGUUACUCGUUCCGUAUUAUUGCCGUGAAUGAGGUUGGUGAAGGACCGCCAAGCAAUCCAGUUGACAUAGUGACCGUAAGUGAAAGUGUUGAUAUAAAGGAAGCAACAAAAUUUCUGCCAGCGCCCAAUUGUUUAAAAACAACAUUGGUUGAGGAUAAUCAAAUUGUCCUAAUCACAUGGGAAAUAGUUGAGGAAGCUGAAGAAUAUAUUAUUGAAAGGUCGAAAUUGGAAAAUGAUUGGAGUCAGAUUGGUAUAACAGCAGAAACAAAAUUUGAAGAUUCUUUUGACAAGAGUUCGAACUAUAAGUACCGUGUUAUUGCAAAGAAGGGUGAUCGAUUGUCCAAUCCUAGUGAGGAAACGGAAAUGUUGACCGUUCCUGUUCAGAAAGAGAAAGAAGCAAAACAACAAAUAAGUGAAAAUAUUGAAAUGCUUGAGGAAAUUCCGGAGAUAACUGAGAUGGAACAGCAAACAUCGGAAAAAUCAGAUGGUCAAGUCAAACAGGAAAAAGCAGUUAAAAAAGUUUCGAAGAAGAAGAAGAAAGAUAAACAGAAGGAGGAAGUUGACAAUGGUACAGUGAUGGUAGUGGAACAAAUAGAGGAAAUUAAGGAUGAGCAAAAAGUAGAAACCAAAGCCAUGACGGAAAGAAAAAGGACAGAAAAGGAAAAGGAAGAAGAGAAUAGAGAUGGAAUGAAGAUGGAAGAUGAAUUUAAGUCGUCUGAAAAAGUUGUAAAAGAAAAUGAGGAAAAAAUUGAGUCAAGAAAGAUUGUUAAGAAGAAAGCUCAGGAAAAGAGGAAGAAGAAAGAAGUGGAAAAGGAGGAAAUUCCCAAUGAUGAAGCUAAUAUAGCAAAGAAUUUUACGGAGGAAAAGGUUAAAGUUGAAAAGAAGUCAGAAAGAGAAUUUGAGUUAGAAAAAGAACAGAAAGAUGAAACUUUGAAUGAAUUGAAAGAUAUGAAAGUGGAAGAAAGAGAUUUAGAAAAGAAAUUAAAAGUAAAGGAAGAGAAAAGUGCAGAAGCAUUAGAAAAUGUAAACAUGAAACUUGAAAAUGAUUCAGGAAAAAUGACUGAAAAACAGGAAAGUACUAAAGUAAAAGAAAAUGAUAAAGCGAAGAGUGCUGCUGAAAAUGAUGGAAAAUUAGCAAGGAGAAAGAAGAAAACAAUAAGCAAACAAGAAAUAAAGGAAAAGGAAACGGUAGAAGAAAAAUUAGAGGAAUCAAUUGGUCAACAAAUAUUAACCAGUGAAUUGAUCACUGAGUUGAAAGAGGAAGAAGGAGAAGAAAUGAAGAAGGAACAAUUGAUAGUAAAACCUAUCAGUAAUUCGAUUACGAUUGAUUAUGGAAUGAAAAAUUUUGAAUUAAUCGUUGAUAUUAGCGGUGAUUACGAGGAAUGUUUUUGGACUAAAGAUGAAAAAGUAAUUGAUAAAAAUUUGAUGAAAAUGACAGCGAAUACCUCAAUUUUACAACUUAAAAAUGUUAAUGAAUUGACAGCAGGAAUGUAUCAUUGCAUUGUAACGAAUAAAACGGAGAAAGCAACCGGUGAAAUUCAUGUUACUGUUACAGAGAAGCCAAAAAUUGAAUUUGAUGAAACAGUCGUUGGUGCAAAAGUUGGUGAAAUGUUAAAAAUUCAUGCAAAUGUUACGGGAUUACCUAUGCCAACUUGUAAAUGGCUAAAAGAUGGUGUAGAAUUAAAGCAAGAUGAAAAUACCAUCAUUACGUUUAAAGAUGGUACUGCUAUUGUAACGUUCAAAAAAGCUAAUGUUGAUCAUUCGGGUCUUUACAAAUUAAUUGUGGAGAAUAUAUGCGGAAAACAAGAAGAUCAAAUAAAAGUGCUAAUUAAAGGAGUUCCAUCUGUACCAGUUGGUCCAUUAGAAGUAUCUGACGUAACAAACGUUUCGUGUAAACUUGCGUGGAAUCCACCCGAGCAUAAUGGUAAUAGUAAUUUACUCGGUUAUUGCAUCGAGAAACGUGAUGCUAAAAAAUCGAGCUGGGCAUUUGUCGCACGUACUACAACAACAACUGCAACAAUAACCGGUUUAGCUGAUACUGCAAAAUAUUUUUUCCGUGUUGCAGCUGAAAAUGCAUUUGGUACCGGACAAGCUUUAGAAAAUAAAGAUGCUAUACAACCAAUAAAAAUUGCAGCAAUUGAAAAGCCGAAGAUCAAGAAAGCACCAGAAAAAGUAACUGGCAGAAUUGGUGAUAAACUUGUUCUCAAUGUAGAAUUUACUGCUAAACCAAUACCCAAAGUUCAUUGGUAUAGAAAUGGUAAAGAAAUAAUUGAUAAUGUGGAUAAUACGAUAACAGAAAUGGAUAAGAAAUCAAUGCUUACAAUUCAGAAACUUAUUGAAGAUGACGAAGGAGAUUAUCAGGUUGUUGUUGAAAAUGAAGGCGGUAAAGUGCAACAUAAAUUCAGCUUAGAAGUAAAAUCGGAACCAAUGAUAAUUGAUGCUGACAAGUAUAAAGAGCCGCAAGUUUUCGAUAAAGGUGAAAACGUCAAAUUACAGCUUGCUUUCACUGGUUAG